UUACCCAAGCCGCCUACAGGCCGGUACUAGGGGGAGUAAGGGGGGCCCAUCAACGGCGGCCGAACAUCGAACAGUUGAAUGCGCCACCGCUGCCGUAGUGGCGAGGUCUUCUACUACCGUGGAGCCCCCUUCCAGCAGGUGAACCGGACCAAAGCCGACUCAGUCGAGAUCAGAGGCAGACACAGGCGACUACCUGCACCUUUUGUGUGAACCACCUGUGGAAAAUGUGACAUUGUUCAGUGGGAAAAAGUGACCAAUUUUUGACACGGACAAGUGAAAUAUGUGAUUUAUUGACUUUGGGAACAAUCAAAUUUUGGCAAAAUGGCCGACGCAGCUGCCAGUAGCCAGCCCGAGGACCGCCCCCUCGCCCUCUCCCGUCGCGAAUUCCCAUCUCGAAGUUCCUCCGGGAGUCGCUCCUACGACCCCCAACUCUACCAACUCCCCCUCCCCGCCACCAUGAGCCACCACCGCGAAUCCUCCGCUUUCGUUCCGGUGGUACCCUCCCGGAACAUGCACCCCAUGUUGUACCCCAGCGACAUGCACCCCCUCCUCCUCGACGAGCGCCCGGAGUCGGGUAAAACCCCCGACGGUUCCUCGUCGCUCUACCUCCGGAAAUCCACCAGUUUCGAGCUUAUGGUCAUGAUGAACGACAAGAAAAAGGAGUUGCAGAUGCAGAGGGAGGCGGCGGCGCAUGCUGCCGCCCUCAUGCUACCCCGACCUGGACCACCUCCCGGAUUGCUAGAGUCCGGCUCUUCCGGGCAGGGGUAUCCCGGAUUUUUACCGAAUAAUCCAGGGAGUGCGUCGUUUGCGUUCCCGAGUUUCCAGCCGGGGCCCCCACAGAUGCAUGCGCAUCUGGAUAGGAGGCUGUUGAGGGCUCCGGGGAGGGCUUCCAGGCCCAAGAAACAGUUCAUUUGCAAGUUUUGCAAUAGACAAUUUACUAAGAGUUAUAAUUUGUUGAUUCAUGAAAGGACGCAUACUGAUGAAAGGCCGUAUUCUUGCGAUAUUUGCGGGAAGGCCUUCAGGAGGCAGGACCAUUUGAGGGAUCACAGAUACAUCCACAGCAAGGAGAAACCUUUCAAAUGCGGAGAAUGCGGUAAAGGCUUCUGCCAGAGCCGGACUUUGGCCGUGCACAAAAUCCUCCACAUGGAGGAGUCCCCCCACAAGUGCCCCGUGUGCUCCCGCUCCUUCAACCAGCGCUCCAACCUCAAAACCCAUCUCUUGACCCACACCGACCACAAACCCUACGAAUGCAACUCCUGCGGGAAAGUCUUCCGCAGGAAUUGCGACCUGCGACGCCACGCCCUCACCCAUGCCGUGGGCGACGUCCCAUCCGACGGCCUCGGCGAUGGGCUACUCCCGGAGCGCGACCCGGAGUCCUCCGACCGGACCCAAUGCCACGAACCCGUCCCUUACACCAUGCGCCCCAACCCCGACCGGAGUUUCCCCAUCGACGACGAUGAUGAUUUGGACGAAGACCCGGAAAUUGAUCCGGGACAAGAGGACCCACCCGAGGAGAAAACUGACCCGGAGCCGCCCCCUCAUCACCCCCAGUUGCAAAUCCGGAGGGAUUUACACCCAGUUAAGUCCGCGACGGUGACUAGUGGGGCCCUCGCCCUGGAGAACUUCCGGAAGAGACACUUGGAGGCGGAGAGGGCGGCGUAUCCGCCGCACUUGAAACUGAGACUUAUGCAACCCAUGCCGCAGAUGGUGCAACAAAUGGACGCCCCCGGGACCAGCAACAUGGCCAGCGACCUCUCCAUGAAGAAGGAGGAGGUGCCGCCCCCGAGACCGCCCCCCAAUCCGCCCAAAAAGACUGGAUUUACGAUAGAGGAUAUCAUGCGGAGGUAAUUCGCGACAAGUUCCUUGUAAAUAUGUGAUUUUGUACAUAGGGGACUAGAACUCGCAAUGACCAGUCGGAAUUUUUGGAAAAAUAAAAAAAAAACUCCAAAAUUUUGAAUCUUUGUAUUUUGACUUUUUCAAUGAAUUACUUUAUCCGGUUAUUGGUUUAUACAGGUUGUCCCAACUAAAUCAAAUUUUUCUUUUUUUUUCAAAACUGAAAAUAAACUACACUGUGAUGUAUUUUAUUCGUAUUUUUGGACACUCCUGACUCUAAAAUCGCAAGUUUUAACGACUUUUUCUUAUUUAUUUUAAUCCUGGUUCUAAUUGUGUAUUUGGAAAAAAAUGGUGUGGUUUUUGGUUCUGAGUUUGAGUUUCUUGUCAAAAUUGUAUCUAGUUCAUGUAUUUUUUUUUUGAAAAAAUUAAAUAUAAAGUAGAUAGUUUUAAUCUUUCGAUCAUAACUUUUAUGAGAAAAAUUGUUUUAUUAUUGCCAUUUGAAAAAAAAAUAAAAAUUUUGUGGAAAAUUUUGAAAAAUUUUAUUUUUAUAAAACAUCACAAUUUUACAGUCCUGUAUCAGUUAAUUGUCCUAAAAAAUAAAUAUUUUAAGCAAAAAAUUUUUUUACAUUCUUUUUAUUCACCUGGU